AUGUCUGUACCAUUAACUAUCACUAAAGUUAAUGAGUCCAAAAACUUUAGCUUCGGAUCAUCUUGCAAUAUUGAAGAUUGGAAUUCAGUAGCUAAUGGGACUAUUUAUGAAAGCAACAACAUGAAUUGUGGGAAUAUUGGAUGGCAUACAGAAAAGACCCUGGUAAAAAAAGGAGUAUUUCGCCACAGAAUAACUGCUGACAAUCGUGGCUUUAAAAUACCGAAGUUUUGUCUACUGAAUAAAAUCGCACCCGGAAAAAUCUCGUCACGAUGUAUCAUUGAUAUCCAUAUUAUUCCUGAGCUGGAGGAUGAUUUGAUAGAGAGUACUAAGAAUCUUCUGGUGCCAGCAGAACAUAAACUCAAAAAUUACAUUGGCUCCAACAAACUUCACGACAUUGUUAUUCAUGUCACUGAAAGCAAGGACUCUAAAAAAUCUUUUGAAAGUGAUUUAAAGAAAGACUUUUACGGACACAAGGUUAUACUGGCUGCUGAAUCUUUAUUUUUUGAAGACAUGUUCACCUGCAAUAUUGGACCCAAGACUAAAAAAGAAAUUACUAUUCAUGAGAUGAAUCCAGAUAUUUUCGAGCAGAUCCUGGGCUAUAUUUAUUCUCACAAACUGACCAUUGCUGAUAUUGAUAAUGCAAAAGAACUUGUUCUUCGUGGAGAUUAUUUGCAAAUCCCGGCUAUUAUCGAGCAAGCAAAAGAAUACAUUUAUGAUGUCUUAUCUGUAAAUAUAUUGUGGGAUACAUGGAAAUGGUCAGAAAUUAACCAUUGUAAUGAGAUUAAUGAAGUAUGCAAAAUGUACUUUUCCAACAACAUCGAAGCUUCAUUCCUGGAUCCGGCAUGGGAAAAUGCAUACUAUCCAACUACUCUAAAAGCCCUUUCAGUUAAAAACAUUCAAGGAACCUUUUCUGAAGCAAGUUUUUAUCAUGCUGCGGUUAAAUGGAGAAAGGAAAUCUCGACAGCUGAUAUGGAUGAAGCAGAGACGAAAUAUUUAAAUGAACACUUUUCUUUGAUGCUUCAAAAUAUACGAUUUGGACAGCUUGACUUUGUAUUCCUGGCAGACACUGUACAGAACGAACCGUUGGUUAUGUCUUCGAAUAUAAUCGAUAAACUGCUGUUGGAAGCGUACAGAUACAAAGCCUCAAAAAGCGAAUCCAAAACGUUGUGGUCUCGAUGUCACUCUCGUGCACAGCCUUAA